AUGGGAAACCGAAAUUCCAACAUACAAUCAUUGAAUCAGCAGAAACAUGAGAACAAUGAUAGAAAUAAACUCCUCGAACAGUUGUAUCGGGCUUGUGAAAUUGGAGAUUUAAAUACGGUGAGGCAGCUCUUACCGUAUUUCCCGCAUACACAAAUCAAUCAGAUUCAAUAUAGGGAGAAUUCUGCGUUGGAUGUAGCUGUUGCUAAUGGACAUCAGGAUAUAGUUCAGUAUUUACUCAACUAUGAUUACUUUCGUGGACCGUUGAUAGACCCUAGAUCAGAGCGGCAGCAACAAUUCUUCGGUUUUCUCGUCAAGCGACUGUUCGAUCCGGAUGGUCGGUUUAUUGAACGUGACCUCAACGAUUGCAUCGGUUUUCAGCCAAGCUUCCAAAAUGUACGUGAACACAUAUCAAUCGAUCAUGCACAAUCAUCUCAGUUCUUCAUGAGGAUCGCGAAUGCAUCACCGCUAGUUCGGCCUUUCAUUUCUCUUGCAGUGAAACGAAAGUGCAUCGACAAUUUAACAUUGAUUAUUGAAAGCACACGGCACACUCAUGGAAAUGAAACUUGCAAAGAACUGAACAAAUUAUAUGAUUCAUUUCUUAAACACCAUAAUUUUAAUGCGCUUAUCAAGAUUUUUACACUGGCAACACCUCAAAUGUCUACUAUAUUGAGAAGUAAUUCGGUCAGCUAUACAACGUUGAUUUAUCUGAACCUGCGCGAAUUUCAAAAUCGAGCAUUUCAAGGUCUUUCUUAUCGUGGUUUGAAAGAAUCUCCACUUAAUUUUGAACACUAUCGAUCCGCUAUGGAACAUGAACAUAUCAUUGAAUUGAAGAGUUUGAUGUCGACUUCAAAAUCAGAGUUUAUUUCUGAAAUUUAUAGAAGUGAUGCAAUGGUGCUCAAUGCACAUCUGAUGAUCAUCAAAUUUGAUUUUAUGGAUAACAAAUGUCCAACAGCUCUUGAUUUAACCCAGGAUCCAUGUGUUGCACAAUUUCCCGAUGAAGAAGAAGUACUGGUACUACCACACACUCUCUUUCGUGUAACUCAUAUUCAUCAUACAUUAGCCACGAAAGAAAAUCCGUGCGAGAGAUUUACAAUUACAUUUAAGUAUGAACCAGCACUCAAUGGACGUACUUUGAGCUCGUUCGUUUUGGAACGUUCUUGUUUGGAUUGA